UGCAGUGUGGUCGUUUCUGCACCUAAUAACUGUAGCCUUUUCCACAGCAACCACAUUGGCAACUAACAUAUACACGGCAGAACGGAGGACGUGAUAUGCUUGACGGUAAUGCAUAAGCAAGCUGACAAUAUAAUAUGCAGGUUUCCUUAUGAGUGAAGUUACAUAUAAAUUCAAUGCCCUCCCAAGCAGGGGAAUCGAUACACAAGCACACAGGCAGUGCUGCUUCAACGUUCUCAAUUUGCUCUAAACGCUCAAGAUAUUUAUUGCAAGUCUGCGCUCUUGCGUUUUGUUCACGGAUUGCAUGGUUUGGACAUCGAAGGAGCUGCCAUUUUUGUCAUAAGGAUAAUAAUAAACCGAAGGUUUUUAAUAUGCUAGGGAAAGAAAAACGGCCCAUAGGAAAGCCGUUACUUCGUUUUUGACGGGAUCAAAAUGAAACAUAACUGGUGAUCAAGCGUUAAAUUCGGACCCUGGUGCAGUGGAAUAAAGCCCUGCCCAUCAUUGCAUGGACUCCACUGGAUCUCUAAAGGUGUGCUGUGGAAUCUGGCACAAAGGCGUUAGCAGCAGAUACUUUAAGACCUGUGAGUUGCAAGGUGCCUUCAUGGAUUCAUCCUGGUGCCAUAUGUUCUUCAGAACAACCAGGUAACUGCAGGAAAUAGCAUGAGCGUCGAGGUUUUUGGAGACUGAACAACUAAGGAUGUCAUCAUCAGCAGUUAAUGGAAGUGGUCACACAACCUUUGUUGGCACCUGUCUUGAAGAUAUCCAUCACUUUCUAAAUUUGUUUUAUUUCUUUAUUCCAUAAUACCCAUUUGUAUAGAUACUGGACACAUUAGUGAUAAACAACAUGCUUAUCAAAUGUUAUAUUUAGAAUCCACACCCUGAGAAAUCUCUAAAAUAAGAAGCAAGAUCGUUUCUUCUUUCAAUGCCAAAAGUAGAAGAAAUAUACUAUUGGAACUCUAUUGUUUAUUCAGCAAUAUACCAAGACACGAAUUAUUGGGUUAUACACAGAAAACAACCCUACUUUACACUAUCUAGUUCAAACUAGUUCAAAAGCAUCUAAACAUAUGCUUAGUCAUGGAACUUAAGUUGACAGCUUCCUCUGUCACCAUCAUUAGCUCUUAUAAAUGCAACAUUAAGAAGUUAUUUUAUGAAUAGCGUGCAUUCUCUGUUACAACCUGUCUUCAUUAAGUGCCAAUAUUAAGAAUCAGUCCAUUACCAGCAUGGUGCUGCCACCCCCAGACAAGCGUCAUGUGUGUCUCACUACAAUUGUAAUUAUGACCAGCAUGGCUUUUAUGGAUGCAUACCUUGUUGAGCAAAACCAAGGACCAAGGAAAAUUGGAGUCUGUAUUAUUGUACUGGUUGGCGAUAUAUGCUUUUUGAUUGUUUUGCGUUAUGUUGCAGUAUGGGUUGGAGCAGAAGUAAAAACUGCAAAGCGAGGCUAUGCCAUGAUAUUGUGGUUCCUUUAUAUAUUUGUGUUGGAAAUCAAAUUAUAUUUUAUAUUUCAGAAUUACAAAGCUGAUAAAAAAAAUAUAGAUAGUGUAACCAGAAAGGCAUUGACAUUGCUGCUAUCUAUUUCUGUACCAGGAUUAUAUUUGGUUCUGGUAGCCCUUGACAGCAUGGAAUAUGUAAGAACAUUCAGAAAGAAGGAGGAUUUGAGAGGACGACUGUUUUGGGUUGCCCUUGAUUUACUUGAUAUUUUAGAUAUUCAAGCUAAUUUAUGGGAGCCACACAGGACUGGACUUCCUAUUUGGGCAGAAGGUCUUAUGUUUUUUUACUGCUAUAUCCUGCUCCUUAUUCUUCCCUGUGUCUCCUUAAGUGAAAUCAGCAUGCAAGGUGAACAUAUUGCUCCACAGAAGAUGAUGCUUUAUCCAGUUUUAAGUCUUGUCACCAUCAAUAUUGUGACUAUUUUUAUAAGAGCCAUAAAUAUGGUUUUAUUUCAGGAUAGCAGAGUUUCAACAAUUUUUAUUGGAAAGAAUGUCAUUGCUAUAGCCACCAAGGCCUGUACCUUUUUGGAAUACAAAAAACAAGUAAAAGAAUAUCCCCAAAACGCCAUUGCUCUCGAACUCCAACAAAAUUCACUAUCACAUAAUCAGACAAUUCACAAUACUCAAGGGGUUCACUCUGAGCAGUCUCCAUCCAGGGACAUUAUGGAAACAUAACAGCUUAGAUAUAUA